GAUCCUAGUCAAUAUUCUGCAAACGCUUGUUCUGAUAAUCAGUCCAGUGUAUUCACCACUGACGGGUCCAGUCCGACCGGAACUGAAAUGUCUCCAAAUGUGGUCACGCUGACCAUACCCUCACUGAAUGUGCUUGGCGACGGGACUGUGAAAUCCGAUGUCCCGGUCAGUGCUCAAUCAUUCCAAAAUCAAGCGGAGCUUUCAAGAUCAAAGAACCAGGCAGAGGGUUUAACCAGACAAGCGUUGAACCGUUCGGUUCGACCAAGCUUUUGUCUUUUCAGUGCGAAACGGCGUCACAGACGGGGACUUGAACGUCCACUAAGCGGGUAUCAUAGCCGGCGUUUCAGCAAAGAUCGAAUGCAAUUUGUGACUAACACAAAAGCGGGGAAUUUGUUGAAUGUUACUCCAUUCCAUCUGGUCAAUUCGGCUGUCAGUUUGCAAGGCGACAACUUUGCCAGCAGGAAACCGAAUUGUGAAGAAUUGCUACAUGCUCUGACCACGACCAAUGCAGCGGAUGCACGCAGUUGUGGUGAUCUGAAGGAUAUCGAUCAAAUACGCGGUCUGGGGCAAUCGUAUAUGAGUACCGGAUCAACAUUGAGCCCGCUCACCGCAAUGGAUUUGCCCGAUGUAUAUUUGAACCCUCCAUCGUUGUCCAGCCUUCAAUCGAAAAGAAGCAGCAUCGUAACUUCCGAUGUGCCCAACUAUUUGGUCGUACCCAAUGAACUGCCCCACAUCAGUCCUUCUCCAUCGUUUGUGUCCAUGAAGGAACAGUCAUUCACAUCAUCCGGACAGUGUGUUCUCUCCCCUCAAAUGCACCGUCGGUCAGCCAUCCAAUUUCCAAAUAUUCGAUGGAAUUCUAACGAAAAUGUUAUACAGAUGCCACAAAAUCUGAAGCAACAUCUCGAUCUGUUUUCGGAUCCUCGUAUAGCGUACGGAUGUCGACAAAGUGUAUUUCAAAAUAACCCUAAUUUUACCCGGAUCACUGCGGGCGGAAAUGGCUGUGGAUUCGGUUCCGGUGGCGGCGUGGGUGGAAUAUUCGAAGGGACUAUCGAAUCUCCGCAGUGGAAAGAUUNAAAUUUGAGACCAAAAGGACCGAAAACCCUCGGAGCGGAACUUCAAACGAUCAUGGACAAACAUUAUGAGAUGACUGGGAUCCGCAUGGUUACAGCCAGUUCUCGAUCUACCAGUUAUGUUGGCCUCAAAGGUGCUCACAUCGGAGAUGGGUUGAUACACAGCAAAGCGACACCGAUGAAAAAUUGGAAACGUCGAAGCAGCUGGACACUGUGCAAGGAUGAGCUCUGGUCUAAACGUCCAACUAGCAUGAAAUCCGCUAUCAGCGCGAUUCACUUGGACUGUUUCCAUCCGGAACACGUGUCCACAGAUCGAAUGGGACCGGGAAAACUGAACAAAUCUGUCCUCUCCUCCCUGAGCACCGUAGCCCUGCCCUGUCUGGUCCCGUUGCGUUCACGUUUGCAUUCGGACACGUGCUCCGUCAGUUCAACGCAUUUGCGUGAUCCGAGGAACCCGGGCCCGAGCCGGGAAUCCGAAAUGCAGAUAAAGUCGGUCAACAAGUCAUGUCGACGAUCCAGCUCAGUGCGCCUUAAAAGACCAUCGUUCAGUGGUGGAACCCCUACCGAGCUGGGUUUGGCAUUAUUGGGGAUUCAUCGUCCGAACGUGGAGGGCAGAAACAGUAACAAGCCUUCGUAG